AUGCUGCAGUUCUUUGUAAAACAUAUAACCACACGACUGGAUGAAGUACCUGCAUUUCCUCAUAAGCCUGAAACCGAGCAUGUCUCAUGUGGAAGGAUACUCAGUGGAGACAAGGUUUACGUAAAGGAUAUCGCUCGCAAACGUCCAGCGCUACAAAAGCGGUGGCUGAAUAUGUCCUGCAAUGAAAUCAAAGGUCGCAUUCUGCCUCCAAAACACUUAAAAAGAAUUGAUUUUGGUGUGGCUUAUGCCCGCAUUGUCUUUGAGGUAUGA